AUGGCCAGAAUCGCAGCUCAGGCAAUCCCGUCCCUGAAAUCCCAGAUUGACGCUCUAACUUCGGACGCGACCGGUGCCCCAGGUGUGGUGUUCGCUGCCGUCAACAAGCAAGGCGAGUCGAUUUUCGAGCAUGCAUCCGGCACGGUUGGGGUUGGCAAGAGCCAGGCCAUGACCAUGGACAAUGUUUUUUGGAUUGCGAGCUGUACCAAGAUGAUCACCGGCAUCGCGUGCAUGCAGCUUGUCGAACAGGGGAAGUUGGCGCUGGACGACGUCGCCCUGGUUGAGAAGCUUGCACCGGUAACUGGCUUCGCCUACGCCUUCUUCGAUGACCGUAUCAACGACUGGGCCGGCCCGCUGGGCAUCGACGAGUUCUCCGGCUCCUACCAUGACUACCUGUCGCAGCCCCUCGUGAACCAGCCGGGCGAAGUGUGGGAGUACGGCAUCAACAUCGACUGGGCCGGUCAACUCGUCGAGCGAGCUAGCGGCUUGAAACUCAACGACUACUUCCAGCAGCACAUCUUCGGGCCCAUGGGCCUCAAGCACAUCAGCAUGUUCCCCUCGGACUCGAUGAGGGCCGACCUGGCGUACAUGAACGCCCGCGCGCCCGACGGGACCCUGUCGUUGAAUCCCGACGGCCAUCUCAACAGACGACCUCUCUUCGCAAAGACCAAGGAGGAAAUCGACACCACCUUCCACGCCGGUGGCGCCGGGUGCUUCGCGCGGCCGACGGAUUAUGCCCAGAUCAUAGCUACGGUGUUGAAUGACGGUGUUCACCCCGGCACUGGUGCAACGAUUCUCAAGAAGGAAACUGUUGACACCAUGUUUACGAACCAGAUUCCAGAGAUGCCAAACUUUGGUCGACAGGCCAUCACCCCGCCGAAGCCGAUGUACGCCAACGCUCUCCCAGAACUAUACCCGGAGCCUCACGACAUUCCUCAGGGGUGGGGGUUGACUUUCUUCCUGCACCUGAGGGAGUCGGCAGUGCACAGUGAAGGCACAGGGUGGUGGGCAGGCCAUAUCAACAACAUCUGCGUCUCCCAGUAG